AUGUACCUUUUCCAACGACUAAAUUUUUAUCUCUUAUUCUUUUCAAAAUUCACGGUUUCAUUUAUUCAUCAUGAUAAGCUAUUAAAGUCUAAUUCUUUACAUCGCAAAAAUAUCAGUAAUUAUCCUUCUAAUUCUUGUCUUAAUCCACGCAUUAGAAAUAAAGGAUCCUGUUUUAUCUUGGAAUCGCAAACGGGACUGAUGGAACAGAGCGAAUCGGAAACUGUGAAUCCGCUGGUUCAAAUUGCUCCGAUGCUGGAUGUAACAUACCGCGAGUUCAGGCAGUUUAUGAGACUAUUGACACAAAAAUCUCAACUAUGGACCGAAAUGUUUACGGCUUCUGCGCUCGUUCACGCCCCGGAAACAGUUGUAUCGGAUUGGUUGAAAUUCGGAUCCAAUGAAAAUCCAAUUGUAGCACAGUUAGGAGGUAACUGUAUAGACACUUUGAUUCAAGCAGGGAGGCUACUAAAAAAUCAUGGUUAUACCGAAUUAAAUUUAAAUGUUGGUUGUCCAAGUCCUAGAGUAUCCGGAAAAGGCUGUUUUGGAGCAGCACUUAUGAAAACUAAAGAGCUUGUUAGGGAUAUUGUUCACACCCUGAGAAGAGAACUUGAAUUGGAAGUAUCAGUAAAACAUAGAUUAGGUGUGGAUAAUUUAGAUUCCUAUGAAUUUGUUAAAGAUUUUGUUUCAACCGUAUCUGAGUCUGGUUGUAACCAUUUUAUAGUUCAUUCUCGCAAGGCAUGGCUUAGGGGUGUCAACCCAAAACAAAAUAGAAAAGUUCCUCCCUUGGAGUACGAAAAGGUUUAUAGGUUACAACGGGAUUUUCCGGAUUUAAAAUUCACAAUAAACGGAGGUUUCAAGACUAUUGAAGAUAUAAAGAAUGCACUAGAUUCAGAAAACAAAGAUUCACACGGAGUAUCUCACAGUCUUAACGGGGUUAUGGUUGGGAGAGCAACGUAUGAAAAUCCCUGUAUGUUAGCCAACGUUGACAAGGCCAUCUAUGGUGUUGAGAAUCCUCCCACCUGUGCUACUAGACGUAUCUUGUUAGAAAGCUAUGCUGAUUAUAUCGACAAAAACGUGGAUGAUACGCAUGAAAUGAACAUCUGUAUGAUAGUAAAGCCCAUACUAGGUGUCUUUUACGGUGAAUAUGGAAAUAGGAUAUAUAGACAAACUUUAUCGAAUUCAGCAGAUUACGAGAACUUCACCUUUGAUGUUGGUGAAUCUAGGCACGCACAAUUUAUUCACCAUGCUAUCUACGUCAUGGAUAGAAUAAAUCCCGAAUCAUUAAACGCACCUCUGUAUUAG